AUGCUGUCGGCAGAGCAUCUCGAGUGCCCCGUGUGUCUCGAAGUCCGCGACGGGCACAUCCACCAGUGCCAAGCAGACCACCUCGUCUGCGCUGAAUGCGACCGCGGCCUGACCACGCGGCUGUGCCCGACGUGCCGCGAGCCCCUCCACUCCCUUGCGCAGCCAAACCGCAACCGCUUCGCUGAGCGAAUGAUCGCGCGGCUUCCGGCGGCAUGCGACCACUGCGGCGCGGCGACAACGCGCGGCGACAAGGCCGGCCACGAGCUGGACUGUCCACAGCGGCCGAGGGCGUGUGCUGCCGCCGGCGCCGGGUGCGCCUGGUCGGGGCUGGUGGGAGCGAAGGCGGCGCACGAGGCGCAGUGCGUGUUUGUGAUCCACGUGGCGCCGCUGCGAGUCCGUGUCGCCGAGCUCGAGCCGCAGAACCAGCGGCUGCAGGCGCGGGUCGCGGCACUCGAGCCGCAGGUGCGUACGCUGCGCGAUGAGAACGAGCGGCUGAGGCGCGCCGCGGAGGGCGGUGGCUUUCGGAGGCGCUCACCGCAGGGAUAA